AGCAGUGGGUACAGGAUGUUUUGAAAGGUGUUUAUAUGGGCCAAGUAGUGGGGUUUAGCUUCAAUUCUUCAUCUAGAUCACCGUUUAACCGAGAGGAGAUUGGAAUAAACGCCAUAUUCGCCAGAGAAGAUGACAUACCAGCAGAAAUGGAGAGUGGAUUUCAUGUUCUAAGCGACAACGAAGAUCUGCAGACGCUCAUCGCAGGCGCGGAAGAAAACAAUCUUGUCUUCGAAAGGCCCAAGACUCUCUUUGAAGAAAUCCGUGCUUCUAUUAAUAACAAUGAGGAGGAGGAUCGAUCCUUUUGGAGGCCUGUGCUUCCCUGGGGCGGCGUGUUCACCAUCAAGGCUGGACGGAAAGCUCUGUCCUGCAUCCCUCUCUAUGUCAAGAUCAGUCUUAAGAACACCUGCACCAUCGACGGCUUCCUCAUGAUCCUCUACGUGAUCCUGCGGGACAACCAGGGCUUCUCCCGGGAGCUGGCCGUCUUCCUGGGGAAGCGCUUCGUGGAGCAUUUCCUGCACCUGAUGGACUGCUGCGACUACACCACGGUGAAGAUGCUGUGGAUCUGGGACAGGAUGUCCAAGCAGCAGUACCGCUCCGCCAUAAGUCACGCGGCGCUGGAGAUCGACUUGUUUGGCAACGAGCACGAGAACUUUACGAAGAACCUGGAGGACCUCAUGUCCACGUUGCAGGAGAGUCUGUGCACCAACUGGAACUGUCCCGCACGCUACCAGGAGUUCCUCAGAACUACAAUAACUAUCAGUCCUCCUCAUGAGCUACCACGGCGAGACCCGAUCCAGUCGGCCGUGGACGAGUUCUUCUGCCCAAAGCUCCUGCUCUGCUCGGAAUUGGGCUGCGAUGGACUGAGGGAGUUUUCCCAGAGGGUCUUCAGCCACGGACCCCCGCCUUUUGUUAUCCUGAACAUGCAGCAGUGGAAGUCCGAGGAGCUCUCGUACGUUCCCUACCACCUGGCUCUCUCUGGACACAGGUACACACUAGAGGGCGCUACUCUCUUCAACCAACAGGAGCAUCACUACUCAGCAGCCUUCCAGAUCGACGGUUGUUGGAUGCACUAUGAUGGUCUGAGGAGCGACAACCUGAUCCUGCUGCACAAACCGCCCGAGCUCCUGCUGCUCUCCUCUCUGGUCUACGUCCGAACCUCUGACAAGUGAAGGCCGAGGACGCCAGCAACAACAGCGUUACAGACAAUUCAGGGAGACAAAGAUGGCCGGAACGCACACUAACACACAAGACCAUUGUGGGAUCUCCUGCUUCAUAUGGUGUGGGAAUCAGAAAUAUUAUAGUUGUAGCAACAUUAAUAGCAACAGCACUUAAUAAUAAUAAUUCUAUAAAUAUGCGCAACCAAACUACAAGAUGAAGUUCACUUGUCUUCACUGUGGGAGUCGGUUUUAAAAUGAUCAUAUUGAGUGACUGAAAAUGCCGACGUGAGGCCAGUCGGACACCGUCUCUGUGUGGACCGGGCCUUGUCAAGUCCCUGCUCUUGUAAACAGUUUGUCUUAAGUUACUUCCUGGUGCUGUGUCUAUCGUCAAUUCCUGCUCAAUCCCCUGUGCUCAAUAACCACAGCUUAUGUUGGGGCCACGCUUGGUAUCCAAGUGAAGAAGACGACAGGAGCUAUGUCUGGGUAAAUCAUCACAGGUCGCACUGCUGCUUUGCUAAAGAGCAACUUCGCUUUCCCUCAAAUGUGGAUAUUUUUUUUUACUGAAUUUUCUACUGUCACUACGAUUUGACAUUAAAAAGUUUGUAAAUGAGUUGAAUUUUUGUUUUAAUUAUGCCAUUUAAUAUCUUUUUAUGCAUUUUAGCAUAAAGUAUACUCAGUGUUUUUGAAAACUACGUAACAAAAGCAGUUGAAAAACAUGUCUUUUUAUGUU